AUGACUUCCAGCACGCCCAAGCCGCCAACUCACGUGACCUUUGAGACGACAGUGGGUGAUUUUACCAUGGAAUUGUACUUGGAACACGCCCCGAAAACCUGCUGGAACAUUGCCGAGUUGGCGCGUCGCGGCUACUACAACAACACUAUAUUCCACCGCGUUAUCAGAGACUUUAUGAUUCAAGGAGGGGACCCCACAGGCACAGGGAGAGGCGGCGAGUCCAUUUUACGGGUUGGGAGUUGGAUCUGUGAGAUUUAUUGUUAUAUUUGCGGUCUCGUUUGUGACUUUUCGACGGGUUUUAGGGCAAAAUUUGACGAUGAGAUCUCAAAAGAGCUCAAACACACUGGAGCUGGUGUGCUUUCGAUGGCAAACUCUGGGCCGAACACAAACGGCAGUCAGUUUUUCAUUACGCUGGCGCCGACGCCUUGGCUCGAUGGCAAGCAUACGGUGUUUGGUCGGAUCUCGUCGGGAAUGAAGGUGAUUAAGCGCAUGAGCAUGGUCCCUACAGGUGCUGACGACAGACCUCGCGAGGAGAUUCACAUCAAGCGUGCGUAUCCAUUGUCCCAAUAG